UCGGUGCAGUGGAAAGGCAGACCUGCCGCCGUCGGCAACAAGACAUGAGGCUGGACUGUGCAUCUACGCCAUUGACGAGAGCCGCUCAAGAGUCCAGUGAUCGCCGGUCCAGGAUCGGGUUAAUUGUAUCGAGCUGUGCUUUCUUCUACUGGUCUGCUUUCUUCCCAUCCUCUGAGCACCAUUCCUGUACAUUACACUUUGCAUAACUGGAUCAGAGCAUAGACAAGAUGAAUCGCGAUAGCAACAACACACAGAGCAAGCAGCUCUCAGGCGCAGAGAUCGCAAAGCACAACAGCCGAGAGUCAUGUUGGGUCAUCGUACACGGCAAGGCAUACGAUGUCACAGAAUUCCUGCCUGAACAUCCUGGUGGGCCAAAGAUCAUUCUCAAGUAUGCUGGCAAGGAUGCCACCGAAGAGUACGAGCCUAUCCACCCUCCCGACACCCUCGACAAGUUCCUCGACAAGAGCAAGCAUUUGGGAGAGGUGGAUAUGUCAACAGUAGAACAAGAAGAGAAAGAGGAAGAUCCAGAAGAGAUUGAGCGACAAGAACGUAUCAAGCACAUGCCAAUCCUGGAGCAAUGUUACAACUUGAUGGACUUCGAAGCGGUGGCGAGGAGAGUAAUGAAGAAGACAGCAUGGGCAUAUUACUCUAGCGGUGCAGACGACGAGAUUACUAUGCGAGAAAACCACUCAGCCUUCCACAAGAUCUGGUUCCGACCUCGAAUCCUCCGCAACGUCGAGAAAAUCGAUCUCUCCACCACUAUGCUCGGCACCAAAGUUUCCAUUCCCUUCUACGUGACCGCCACCGCCCUAGGCAAACUGGGCAACCCCGAAGGCGAAGUCGUCCUCACACGAGGCGCCCACAAACACAACGUCAUCCAAAUGAUCCCCACUCUAGCCUCCUGCUCUUUCGACGAAAUCGUCGACGCCCGACAAGACGACCAAGUGCAAUGGCUCCAACUCUACGUCAACAAGGACCGCGAAAUCACAAAACGCAUCAUCCAACACGCCGAAAAGCGCGGCUGCAAAGGCCUCUUCAUCACAGUCGACGCUCCACAACUUGGCCGCAGAGAAAAGGACAUGCGAUCCAAAUUCUCCGAUACUGGCUCCAACGUACAAAACACAUCUGGCGACAACGUCGAUCGCUCACAAGGCGCCGCACGAGCAAUCUCCUCAUUCAUCGAUCCGGCCCUCUGCUGGGAAGACAUCCCCUGGUUCCUCUCCGUGACCAAAAUGCCCAUCAUCCUCAAGGGUGUCCAACGCGUCGAAGACGUCAUCCGCGCCAUCAGCGUGGGAGUUCAAGGUGUCGUUCUCUCCAACCACGGCGGUCGUCAACUAGAUUUUGCCCGUUCAGGAAUCGAAGUCCUAGCAGAAGUCAUGCCCGAACUCCGCCGUCUAGGUCUAGAAAACAAAAUCGAAAUUUUCAUCGAUGGCGGAAUUCGUCGCGCAACGGACAUCAUCAAAGCGCUAUGCUUGGGAGCUUCAGGCGUGGGAAUCGGAAGGCCAUUCUUGUUUGCUAUGUCGGCUUAUGGAUUACCUGGUGUGGAUCGUGCGAUGCAGUUGUUGAAGGAUGAGAUGGAGAUGAACAUGAGGUUGAUUGGUGCGACAUCCGUGGAUGAGUUGACCCCUGAUAUGAUUGAUACGAGGGGGUUGGGGAUGCACGUUACGGGCGUGCCGGGCGAUACGCUGAGCUUGAAUGCGUAUGAUGCGUUGGUGGGACCGGUGUGGAAGCAGGGGGCGAAGUUGUAAGAUUUGGAAGGAGAAAUUGAUGUGCAUUUUAUGACUGUUCUGGUAUAUAUAGCGAUGUCCAUGAGCAUAUAUUUAUCCUGUCACUUCUGCUAAACACAAUCGUCCAAUC